AUGUCGGCAGAUCCAUUGUUGAGCAGCUACUCUCCCAAGCAGUUCUCCGACGCUAUCUUGGACAAAGGUCUCAGGAAGAAUGCCUCUAAACCAGUAUCCAGGAUCGAGCUGCUGAAGGAUACUCGCACGGUGGAUCACUGGCGCCACGAGUUCCUCGUGUUCACUAUAGCCCAUGAAGAUCAGGAACUCUACCUGUACUUCGAACGUGAACUGGACGAAGACGUCGAAGGGUUGAAGGCCAAGGCUGCGUUUGCACGGGAACUUUUCAGAGGACCUGCACUCGAUAUCCUCAUGUUUCACGAACGCGGUAGCGAAAAAGACGUAGAGACGAGGUCUUGGACUAAAGCAGUUUUCGAAAUCAAACUCAGAUCAUCUCCUGAAGUCGAACCAUUCACACUCAAAGAUCUUGCCAAAAUCUUGAAAGACGAGUCUUAUGAGGAGAAGUACCCAAGAUACGGCCUAUUCUCUGCCAAUUGUUGGGCAUGGUCCCGCAGCCUUCUACUCGACGUAAUCCGCCGUCCACAGGCUGCUAGGGCUGUAUCGGAGAUUUUGAAAACCAACGGUAGAGAAAUGGUUCCAAUAACAGUUGAAGAGAUGAAGCUCUAUAUGCUCACCGAGUACGGCGCGUACGGACGAUUGCUCUUGCAUUUUUCCUCCGAUGAUUACUAUGCUCAACAUCGAAGCAGAGCCUUUCCAGAGUUCCUGAACCCAUAUGCGAUCCGGAUCGUCUUGCUGUUGUAUUCAAUCCUUCACAGUCUCGUACAGUUGAAGAACAUGAUAAUAGGACCGUCUAACUGGACGACCUGCCUUCGAACGAUGCUCGUGUACCACGACCGGACUCUUGAAGGCUCAACAAAGGGGCGAGACUGCACCUUCCUCCCACUGCACCCCAGCUUCACUGAUUUCAUCCCGGUAGUCCCAGGGCACAUGGAUUACCCCAUUCCCAGCUCUUUCUGUCAGCCCGGACGAUUUCUUUACCUCCUGACUUCUCCCGUAUAUACGUCUUCUCUUCUGGUGUCAUCCGUCCAUAUCCAAGCAUUUGGAGCGACGUCUGACGAUCCAGGUGAUAGACACGAGGGGAAUGCAAGCCAAGAUUCCUCCAGCUGGCUCUCAUGCGGCAUCAUCAGACGCUCAGAGGACGAUGGGGAGCUGAUCGAGGUAGCUACGGGCGGUGUGCGGCUCAAUGCAGCUCCUCGUGGUGUAGCCGAAAGUCGCUCCGCAGUUGAAUACAGUGCGAUCCACGUCUUCGAUUCAGACGACGACUUCACCGGAAAAAUCAAGCAUGGAGACAUGAUCGCUCUUUGGGCCCAUUCUUAUCCAGGACGACUGCAUACACCUCGGUCAGCGUCGAUUAAGAUAGUCGUGGCACGAAGACCUAUCGGAACGAUCGAUUGGGUACUCAUGUCGCUUCUGCUGUUCGAGGUCGGGAGUUCUGCGUAUCUGGGAGGCACGUACAUCUCUCUCGCCUUCAGUGCAACUGGCUGUAUCCUCUACUGGACGAAUACUUUCUGCGAAGGAUGGCUAUGGGCCAACAUAAGCACCUUGGCAAGGACGUUGCAUGCUUCCACCACGGCUCUCUCCCUCCCCUCGGAUCCGACCUCUAUGCUCACCUCCAGCCUACCGGCAUUCAUUCAAGAACGCACUUCCACAGCUGGAACCCUUACUUCGGACAUCUUGUCUUCGUCAUUGCGCUCUAUCGAACUCUUUCAUGAAAGGUCGGGAAAGGAAAUCGUCCUCGUCUCUUUUUCGCAUCGAAACGUGAGCUAUAAUAUCCAUAUCACUGGACCGUCUGCCGUGCACGCUGGUUGGCUCCAUUAUCUCUCGUUCUUCUGGACUCCUCAUCGCCUUGAAUGCGAUGAAGUCAGAAUCUUCAGAGAUGGCGGCACAGAACGGACCGUCCGUGAAUCCUAUGUUGGUCAAAGCAUCCUGCAGGUCCAAUUCAAUGCCGGCGAGAAUCCCUGCAGGAAAGAAACCAAAUUUGAACUGAGGCUGUCGUCGAUCGUGAAGCUAUUACAAGACGUGCAGAAGCACUAUUGGUGGCAUUUCUGGUUGAAUUCUCGAUACUGGACAUGGCAAUGGUGGCUGCUGCAUACUAUCCUUCGAGAAACCGAGGGCGUUCAGGAAUAUCUCGCGGUGGAAGGCCGUCGGUGCAGUCGGGACGAAGCGACUAGACUUCUGAAGGACAAGUUUAAGCAGUGGAGAUAUGCGUAUAUAAAGGAGUAUGUGAAGGGACUGCCCAGUUUGGACGAGGUUUUAUUCGUCGCCACUCAGACGCGUUCCAUUUGGAUUAUUCUGUUCAUCUUCAUGGGCUCAAGGGCUUUGGACUGGUGUAUACAUGUCAUUUUGUUCUAG